AAUUAGCUGCUUGAUUUUCCUUUUAGGUAUAAUAAGUAUGGAAGACAAGGCAGCUGUUGCUAUAGCUCCAGCUCCAGCUGCAGCUGCAGCUCCAGCUCCAGCUCCAGUUGCUUUAGAGGAUGAAUAUCCUCCUGGUGAAGAACCUCCAGCCAAAGGUAGUGGAAACGUUAAAGAUACCAAAAAAGAGACAUCAGGCGCUGCAGAGGAGGACGAGGAACCACCCCCGCCCGGAGUUGACUUAGAAGAACACAAGAAGCAAUCAAGGGAUGAUACUGAUAAUUUAGAUGAGUUGACUGAACAAAAAAAGAACUCUAGCCUGGGUGCUGUUCUCUCAGUACUGAGUACUGGUUCAUUUGGAUCAAAGGCAAAGGAGAAUAUUGUUAAAGUUGAAGUAUCAGGUCCAAGGAAGCGAUAUCACAAUGAUAAACUGGGGCCCCAACAAGAGGUUGGUGGUGGUGGUAGAGGUGGGGUGGCCAGUUCGACGGUGGAUGGGUACGAAGAAGAAGAGGCAGAUGAGGAUGACACCAGUGCAAAUGAAGCCUGGAUUGCAGAGGAAACAAAGCUAUUAGAGGAAGAGUUUGGACCUGGCAUCAUAUCCAUCAUGUAUGAUGACGAUGGGGGCAUGAUUGGUUCUUCAACUAUACCACCUAGUCCAGUUCCCAGCUCCUGUACUUCUGACCCCAAUGCCAUCACCAGUCUGGAAGCUAAGAGUGAUGGUAAGUUUGAACUUUUAGUGAACUCUAUGGCUCAGUUAGAUUUGUCAGUCCCAGUUGAAUGGCCGAAAGUCUCUCGAUGUACACAUCAAUGGAAUGAAGCAUCUGAAGGUAACUUUUUAGUUGUGUUGUGCAAUUGUAUACAAGGACAAACUUUGUUUUACAUGGCUCUAGGUCUAGGAGAAUUGCCACCGGGAUGA